AUGGAAGAAGGCCAAAAUUUUGAUGAAAAAAUUCCUGAUAUCUUAGGAGAAAUAGAAAGACACAAAGGCACAAAUAAAGCUAUGGAAAUCAGACUCCAAUUAAAAAAUCAAGAAAUUGAUCAGCUUCAAAAAUUUAUUGAAUCAAGCCAGCACCAUCUAAGCCUCCAGCUCCACCUAAUGAAAUUAAAUUCAAAAACCAUGCUAAUUGACCCUUCUAUGAAUUCUGAAAUAAAUUCAAUCAGAGCUCUAAAACAAGUUAAAAAAGCCGAACUUUCAGCUCAAGAAUCUUUAAAUGCUGAAUUGACUAACAAGCAGUUCAUGAAAGGUGGAAAACACCAACAAAAAUGACAGCAGCUAUAUGAAGAAAUUUACUGUGGGUUUAAAAAUUAUGCUGAAGGAAGGCUGCAAGAUGCCCAUCUCCAGCUUCAGCUUGAAGGGUUGAAAUCUCAAGAGAUGAAACAGAGGAUUGAUGAAAAUAAAGAACUUACUGAAUCGUUAGAAAAAGAAGCAGUGGAUCUGCAAGGAAAAGUAAAUGAAUUGCAGAACAGCUAUAAAAAGAGCUUAGACCAUUUAGAAGCUUUGAAACAAGAGAGCUCAAAAGUGAAGAGGAGUGGAUAA